AUGCUUUAUUGUAAUAAUUUACCUUUUUUCUUUUUAUUUCCAGAAACAGACAUGGGUGACGAGGCCCCCAAGAGAGUCAAGCUGUCCCAGAGACAGAUGCAAGAGUUGAAAGAGGCUUUCACCAUGAUUGAUCAAGACAGAGAUGGAUUCAUCGGCAUGGAUGACUUGAAGGAUAUGUAUUCUUCUUUGGGUCGUGUGCCCUCAGAUGAUGAGCUUAACAACAUGCUCAAGGAGUGCCCUGCUCAACUCAACUUCACCGCUUUCCUCACACUCUUUGGUGACAAAGUUUCCGGUACCGAUCCCGAGGAUACCCUUAGAAAUGCCUUCUCAAUGUUCGAUGAAGAUGGCCAGGGAUUCAUCCCAGAAGAUUAUCUGAAGGAUUUGUUGGAAAAUAUGGGUGACAACUUCACCAAAGAAGAGAUCAAGAACGUAUGGAAAGACGCUCCUUUGAAGAAUAAGCAGUUCAACUACAACAAAAUGGUUGACAUUAUCAAGGGUAAAAAUGAAGAUGAUGAUGCCGUAUUUAUGUUUUACAAUUUCCCCUUAUCAAUCCGUCCAAUAAUUUUACAAACACAUAAAUUAAUUCGUCCCUCCCCUAUCUAUCUAUCUAUCUAUCUAUCUAUCUAUCUAUCUAUCUAUCUAAAAAGCAUACGAUGUUUUGCUUCAAACACAGUACUUUUGUAA